AUGUCUAGAUUCUGGAGAAGCAACCUGGAGAAAAAGGAGACCACAGAGGUCAAGGUGAAUGACUUUGAGUCUAUUUCUUCUUCGGAGAAGCAGUACGACCAUAUCUUCCAAGACCCAGAAGCCCUUGCCUACUACAGGGCCUUGUAUGAGAAAACCAAUUAUGAAUGUAAGGACCAUUUGGAUCCUGAUCUCACUUGGACACCUGAAGAGGAAAAGAAGAUUUUGAGAAGAAACGACUGGUACGUUACUUUUUGGGCGUUCAUCAUGUUUACGGGUUUAAAUCUCGACAGAUUUAAUAUCAAGAAUGCCCUUGCUGACAACUUAUUGGAUGAUUUGAACCUUAACACAAACGAUCUCAACCUCGCCAACACCGUCAACCUUAUUUGCUUUUUGAGUGCUGAGCUUCCAUCUCAGUUAAUCUCCAAAAAAUUGGGUGCUGAUGUGUGGAUUCCCAUUCAAAUGUGUAUUUGGUCGGUUGUUUCAAUGGCCCAAUUCUGGCUUAACGGAAAGACUUCGUUCGUCAUUUGCAGAGCCCUUAUUGGUUUGUUUGAAGGAGGUUUUAUUUGUGAUGUGACCCUCUGGAUGUCUUAUUUUUACACCAAGAGUGAACUUCCUUUGAGAAUCUCCUUGUUUUAUAUCUCCAACUUCUCCAGUGUGAUCUUGUCUGCCCUCUUGGCCGCUGGACUUCUCGAGAUCCUGACGCCUUCGGUCCCUGAAGGCUGGCGUUGGCUUUUUAUGAUCGAGGGAAUCAUUACCUUGCUCAUUGGUAUUGCAUCUUUCUUCUUCAUGCCUGCUUCGGUCGUCGAUACCAAAGCUUGGUACAGAAAGAAGGGUUGGUACACUGACAGAGAAGAGAAGAUUCUUGUCAACAAAGUCCUUCGUGAUGACCCAAGCAAGGGUGACAUGAACAACAGACAGCCUGUUGGGUUAAAGGAAUUGGCCAAGGCAUUUUUCGACAUCGACAUGUUGCCAGUGUACAUCAUCCGUCUUCUUGGUGAUAUUGGAACACUGCCUGUUGCGACAUAUUUAUCUUUGACACUUAGACAGUUGGGCUUUUCUGUGUUUUCAACCAACAUGUUGUCCAUUCCAUUCAGUAUCAUCGGUAUUGUCAGUAUGGUUCUAGUCACCUGGCUCUCAGAAGUGUGGAAUUCUCGUGCUUAUAUCAUUAUGAUCACUCCAAUUUGGGUGGCUGUGUGUCUCUUACCAUUGAGAUACUGGGCCCAAGCCCAAGAGGAUGUAUGGGGAACAUACGCUCUUUUGACAAUUUUGCUUGGACAUGCUCCAAUUUGGCCCUUGACCAUCUCUUGGUGUAUGGCCAACUCUAACUCUGUCAGAAGUAGAGCAGUUUCUUCCGCUGUGGUGAACAUGUUCUCACAAACCGCAGGUAUUAUCUCGGCCAACAUUUAUAGAGAUGAUGACAAACCUUUGUACCAUCGUGGAAAUGUUGACUUGAUUGGAAUCGCUUUCGGGGCCAUAGGUGCUUGUAUUGCUGCAAAGUACUAUUAUGUGUUCCGCAACUGGCAGAAUAAGAAGAAAUGGGAUGCUAUGACUCCUGAGGAGCAAGACAAGUACCUUGCCACAACCACAGAUGAGGGAAAUAAGAGAAUCGAUUUCAGGUUUAUUUACUGA